UACCUUGCUCAGCCCAGAAACAGUAUCAUUCGACAUCCGCUCUUGCUUCUGUAAAGAACUCAACCAAAUCAAAAAAGCAACAACAUGGCAUUCAAGUUUGUUUUCGCACUCGCUUUCGUCGCCGUGGCCAGCGCUGGCUAUGUGCCCGAGGCCUAUCACGCAGCUGCUCCAGUUGCCACUUACGGUGCCCCCGUGGCUGUGGCCCAGAAGGUGGUGGUCAAGUCCAACGAGGAGUACGAUCCCCAUCCCCAGUACCGUUUCUCGUACGGAGUCGAUGACAAGCUGACCGGAGACUCCAAAGGUCAGGUGGAGGAGCGCGAUGGUGAUGUCGUCCGUGGCGAGUACUCGCUGGUGGAUGCCGAUGGCUACAAGCGCACUGUUCAGUACACCGCCGAUCCCGUUCACGGCUUUAACGCUGUGGUCAACCGUGAACCUCUGGUCAAGACAGUUGCCGCUGCCCCUGUUGCCCACUAUGCCGCUCCCGCUGUCGCCCACUAUGCCGCCCCAGCUGUUGUCAAGACGGUCGCUCCAGUUGCCCACUAUGCUGCUCCAGCUCCAGUGGCUCACUAUGCCGCCCCAGCUGUUGUCAAGACUGUUGCUCCAGCUUACUCCACCUAUGCCGCCCCAGCGCAGGUGGCCCACUAUGCUGCCCCAGCUCAGGUGGCCCACUAUGCUGCACCAGCUCAGGUGGCCCACUAUGCUGCACCAGCUCAGGUAGCCCACUAUGCCGCCCCCGCAGCCCACUACGCCACCUACUCCGCACCAGCCGUCGCCUACCACCACUAAAAUGUUGAAUUCUUGUUUUUAUUCGUAUAUAGAAUCGUUGUUCAUAUUA